CGUUUCCUACAGGUCCUCCUCACUGAGCAGUAGGACCCCCACCAGAAGCCCAGGGUGAGGACAGAGAUGGCGCUGAGCCUGGAGUCUACAACCAGCUUUCCCAUGCUGGCCAUGUCAGCAGACACUGUGUCUGAGUUGCCUGGUGGCCCCAAUGUGUCCCUCAACAGUUCCUGGACUGGCCUACCAGAUCACAGCUCCUUGCAAGACCUGGUGGCCACGGGUGCCAUUGGGGCAGUGCUCUCAACCAUGGGUGUGGUGGGCAUGGUGGGAAAUGUAUACACUCUGGUAGUCAUGUGCCGAUUCCUGCAUGCCUCAGCCUCCAUGUAUGUCUAUGUGGUCAACCUGGCACUGGCUGACCUGCUGUACCUGUUGAGCAUUCCCUUCAUUGUGGCCACCUAUGUCGCUAAGGACUGGCACUUUGGAGAUGUGGGCUGCCGCGUUCUCUUUAGCCUGGACUUCCUGACCAUGCAUGCCAGCAUCUUCACUCUGACUAUAAUGAGCAGCGAGCGCUACGCAGCGAUCCUGAGGCCUCUGGACACGGUACAGCGCUCCAAGGGUUACCGUAAGCUGCUGGCACUGGGCACCUGGUUGCUGGCACUGCUGCUGACUUUACCCAUGAUGCUUGCCAUCCGACUGGUGCAUAGGGGCCCCAAGAGCCUCUGCCUGCCGGCCUGGAGCCAUCACGCCCACCGUAUUUACCUGACCCUGCUCUUUGGGACCAGCAUUGUGGGGCCUGGCCUGGUCAUUGGGCUGCUCUACGCUCGCCUGGCCAGGGCCUACUGGUUAUCUCAGCAAGCCUCUUUCAAGCAGACGCGCCGGCUGCCCAACCCCAGGGUGCUCUACCUCAUCUUUGGCAUUGUCCUUCUCUUCUGGGCCUGCUUCCUACCCUUUUGGCUGUGGCAGCUGCUGGCCCAGUACCACGAGGCCAUGCCACUGGCACCCCAGACUGCACGCAUUGUCAACUACCUGACCACUUGCCUCACUUAUGGCAACAGCUGCAUCAAUCCCUUCCUCUAUACACUGCUCACCAAGAACUAUCGUGAGUACCUUCGCGGCCGCCAGCGGUCGCUGGGUAGUAGCUGCCGUGGCCCAGGGAGUGCAGGCAGCUUCCUGCCCAGCCGAGUCCACCUCCAGCAGAACUCAGGCAGCUCGCUGUCCUCCAACAGCCAGCAGACCAGAGAGACCCUCAUGCUGUCCCCAGUUCCCCCUAGUGGGGCCUUUGUCUGAGAGUCCCUGUUUGAGCCUGGGGGUAGGAAAGGACCCAAAGCCAGGCCACUCAGGAGCCCAUUCCCAGAAUCCCCUAUUCAAACCUAACCAUCUUGUCUGUCUUCCUCAACUCUCUUCUGGAAAGUUCCCUGUUCUUCUUUAUUGCUGCUCACUUCAACUCCAUCAGCACCUUUCCUGCAAUGCCAACACUGCUCCUCUGAACCUCUCUCUCCGGAUCUUCAGAAGCUGUGGCCCAGACCCUCUUCUGAAGACCCCAGUGAAUUGAGUCAUCUAAAGCCUACUUACUCAGAGCAGCUGUGCCUGGCUGGGAACCUGAUCUGGAGAUGUAAGCCCUUCCAGCCUUGAGGACCCGCCCCCACUGGUGGGUAAGGGGUCUGUAGCCAAUUUCUACCCUCUCCCUCUCCUAACCCCAACCAUGGCAGCUUCUUGUUUCCAUAUGCACACAGAACAAUAAACCCUGUGCUCUGUAGUCUGCCCUGCCUCGGUGCUGGGGAUGGAAGGCCGGAGGGGGUGGUCCUGGACUCACGAGGCACUUGGGUGUUCGGUGAGGGCAUGUCUGCUUUCCAAGCCUUUGCCGGUGGAUGUCCCUACAUGGGGGCCCUCCCCUUUAUUUAGGAGGGCAGAUAACUGAGAGGUAUGAGAAGCUGGGGUGGGAUGGGCAGACUGGGAGGAGAAGCUGCCAAGCUAGCAGUGGAGCUCAAGUGUAGAAGGAGGCCCUGCAGGUUCUUAGAGGAGGCAGUCAAAACCCACACGUGGCUCACAGUGACAGCAAUGAGGCCUUGGCUUCACUGUUCCUGGACAAACUGUUUCUCUGUCCCAAGUACCAUCCUCAGGACAUCCUUGCCUUGGCUGACCAUUCCUCCUACCAUGGCCACACAACACCUGUCCUCCCCCUUUAGGGUGAUCAUCAGACUCUUGCUGUGGCAGGUACACCCCUGUGGCAGGACAUGAAGUCAGGUCUCUGGAGUGAUACAAUGCUCCAGAAGUAGACUCUGGUGGCUGGCCACAGUGCUUUGUGCUUCUCUAUGGCUAAGAUAGUAGAUUUAUUUUGCUAUUAAAAAGCAAAAUAAGAGGAGCCAGGCAUUGGUGGCACACGCCUUUAAUCCCAGCACUCAGGAGGCAGAGACAGGAGGACCUCAGUGAGUUCAAGGUCAGCCUGGUUUACAGAGCUAGUUCCAGGACAGGCUCCACAGAGAAACUCUGUCUGGAAAAAACCAAACAAACAAAUAAAAAAACAAAGAGGAAUACACAUGGGCACAUACAGGUUGAACCUGUAAUCCCAGUAGUUGAGGAGGCUUGAGGUCAGCCUGUGCUAAAUAUCAAAGACUUUGUCUCUAAAUUAAAAAAAAUAAAAAACAUUUUUUUUUUUUUUGAGAUAGUGUCUCACUAUGAAGCCCUGGUUGGCCUCAAACUCACUAUGUAGACAAGACUGGCCUUGAACUCACAAAGAUCCACUUGGGAUUAAAGGCAUGUGCCACCAUGCCUAACUCUAAAUUAAAAUUUUAAAAGGGCUGGGAAUAUAGCUCAGUGUCAGAACACAUGCUUAGCAUGUGAGAGGCCCUAGGUUUCACCACCACCUCUGCAAAACAAAACCAGCAACUGGCUAGUGAAUUCACUUGAGGAGUGUGUAGGUGGUGGGACAGAGCAUCCUAACCCAGGCUGGAAGCCCCUGCCCCUGGGCUGCCCCGUUCCUUUGCCCAAACCCCGCUGUCUCUUUGAUGCUGAGCUUUGGCAUUAGAAAGCCCCUUCUUUUUUGACAAAGUCCAAUUCCUGGUCUUGUCUCUAAGAACUCAGGGCUGGGUCCAAGU